GAUUGGCUAGCAGAAUCAUCCAUCUCUCAGAUCUUUGAGGAAAAUGUGAAAUACUCUGAGAGGUUUGCUCCCUCUUGCACUAGGAGCUGCUGCCUCAAUGGCUAGCUGCUUUAUCUGCAUAUUCACCCAAAGCCUCAUGCAUCAGUUUUCUCCUACUGUUCCGCACCGAAUGUGAGCGGUGAGCUCCGACGAUUAUUCUGGUCCAAUCUUCUUUCUCCUUCCCCCUCCCUUUUGUCCCCUCCUGCCUUUUCUGCAACCUGAUUCCUGGCAAAUUUUUGACACCUGAAGGAAAAGCUAGGGAGGCGUAAACCCUUGCAAGUAGUAAUGGUAAGGGAGGGAGUCAAAAAGAAGAAAGUCUGGGAAGGCAUGAGGAACAGGAUGACUUCUUACAAAUAGCUGCUGCUGAUUUGCAUGGAUUGUGGUGCAAAACAAACUGCGUUUGGGGGGAAACAUUUUAGCUCUGGCUACAGGGUCACAAUCAAGAAAAAAGGCAGAGGAACCCAGGACAAGUUACAAUCAGUUGAAGAUGAGUGGAAAUACUCCACUGCCAACUGCAGAGUGUAAUGAAUCAAAUAUCUCCAGGUUUCAACUAGCCAUGAUCGUGUCUAAUGAGAGGGAGCAAUUUACAGAGCCUACGGAUGCUCCAGCUAUCACACCCAGUAUUCAGAAUGAUGCCGAGUCUUUCAGAGCAAUGGAGAACAGAACCCAGACAGAUGAUGACUGCCUGGGUAAUGCAAGCAAACAUCAGGAAGUGGAAAUAGAUGUGUGGCAGGAGAUGAGUAUGCAGAAGAGCAAUGGUCAGCAAGAACAAUUAGGAACCAACAGUGACAGCACCAGCAGCAUAAUGCACACAAAUGGGUUACCUGCUGAAUCAAAGCCUGGUACAGAGAACAAUAAAGACAGAGCACAAACUCCAUCCACUCCAAGGACUGGCAGUGUUGCUUUCAAAGAGAACAUCUUGGCAAAUGAGUUGUUUCUCAAUGAUAGAAGAAACAAUUAUGGUUUGCAAUCAUGUCGGGAUGUUACUGAACUGUUUUAUCCUGAGGAUGGAGAAGAGCACAUAAGCUUAAUUGUUGCAGAAUCUAAGCUCCAUUGCAGCAGUUACGACAGGGAAGAUUUUGCAUUUAAAGACAUCAGGGAUGGAUUCAGUUCUACUUUUGAAAAAAUUGUGGAAUCUGACCUUAUGAAGGGCACAUACUACAGCAGCCUGGACUCCUUGGAUGUGCUCUCCCUUACAGAUGAGACAGACAGCUGUGUUAGCUUUGAAGCUCCGCUCACACCUCUUAUUCAGCAAAGAACCAAAGAAAGUUCUGAACUUUCAGAACAGAAAUUCCUCACUAACCAGAAGGAAAGUCUGGAGCCCAGGGCAACAGAGAAACAGGGUGAAAUGAUGGCCAGGGUUAUGGAUGGUAAUUUGGGGAGUCCCUUGCAGCACUCCAUCACUAGCAGCCAGUCUGAGAAUGUGCUGAGCCAAGUAUCACUGAAAAAUAUUCCUAAUGGCUAUCACAUGGAACGGUCAGAAGAAAAGCUUCCAAAAUUUAGUAAUUCAAUCAGUGAUGCCAACAUAAAAGAUGGCCUUUCGGAUUCAGAUUCUGAUAUGGGCAGCACAGAACAACUUGACCAGGGAAGCACGGACAUUCUUAUCAAUGGCUGCAAGGCACACAGUGAGGCUGCCAAAAGAUUGGCUAAAAGGCUCUACAAUCUUGAAGGAUUCAAGCACUGUGAUGUGGCCCGCCAGUUGGGCAAGAAUAACGAAUUUAGCAAAAUGGUAGCAGAAGAAUAUCUCAGUUUCUUCGAUUUUACUGGGUUGACCUUGGAUAAAGCACUAAGAGCUUUCCUAAAAGCUUUCCCCCUUAUGGGAGAGACACAGGAACGGGAGCGGGUCCUCGUCCAUUUCUCUCGCAGAUAUUGUCACUGCAAUCCCCAGGAGAGCACAUCGGAAGAUGGAAUCCAUACACUCACCUGUGCUCUGAUGCUGCUGAACACUGAUCUCCAUGGCCAUAAUAUUGGGAAAAAGAUGUCCUGCCAACAGUUUACAGCAAAUCUGGAUGGACUAAAUGAUGGGAAAGAUUUUGCAAAGGAUCUGUUAAAGACCCUGUAUAACUCCAUAAAAAAUGAAAAACUAGAAUGGGCAAUUGAUGAAGAUGAACUCAGGAAGUCAUUAUCAGAAUUGGUGGAUGAUAAAUUUGGUGCCAGUGCAAAGAAAAUCACAAGGAUAGUGGAUGGCAGUAACCCUUUCCUGGAUGCUCCCCAGGCCCAGAAUGCUGUUACCUACAAGCAUGGCAUCCUCACUCGGAAAACCCAUGCUGACAUGGAUGGGAAGAGAACUCCAAGAGGACGAAGGGGAUGGAAGAAAUUUUAUGCUGUGCUUAAAGGGACCAUACUGUAUUUGCAAAAGGAUGAAUAUAAACCUGAUAAAGAUCUUUCUGAAGUAGAUCUAAAGAAUGCUAUUCGCAUUCAUCAUGCCUUAGCCACAAAAGCCUCGGAUUAUAGCAAAAAAUCCAAUGUGCUGAAACUGAAGACAGCAGACUGGAGAGUGUUUCUCUUCCAAGCUCCAAGUAAAGGAGAAAUGCUGUCAUGGAUCCUGAGAAUAAACUUGGUAGCUGCCAUUUUUUCUGCCCCUGCAUUUCCAGCUGCUAUUUGCUCCAUGAAGAAGUUCUGCCGGCCUCUUUUGCCAUCUUCAUCAACUAAACUCUGUCAGGAAGAACAGCUACUGUCCCAUGAGAAUAAAAUGAGGCAAAUUACAGAUGAAUUAACUGAACAUAAAUUGCAUCCUGUAGUGAAAUGCCUGAAGUCAAAAGAGGCUGAAGAAUAUCGUCUGAAGGAACAUUACUUAAUAUUUGAGAAAAACCGAUAUGAGACAUAUAUCAACCUCUUAUGUGCAAAGAUAAAGGCUGGGACAGAUGACCUGGAAAGAAUUGAAGCCAAACUCUUCACAAUGGAGACCCAGGAUAUUUCUUUGAGGAAGACUUGUUCCAGUCCUUCUAUAACCCAAGGGCAGUUGUCUGUUGAAAGCAGUAAGGCAGAAAAAGACACUCUAGAGCCAAAUACUUCAUACACAGGGAGUCAAUAAGAGAGAGCUGGUUCUCCUUAUCUGCAAUCCAUGAGCACAAUAAUUUCUCAGAUAUAGAGUUACGUCAAUAGAAAGAAUUCGAAGGUGUUUUAGUUUACACUGAUUCUAUUCUGGUGCUUUUGUUUUUGGAAUUAGGCCGCCCAUGUUGGUUUUCCUGAAUGAAUAUGCAAUAAAAGGACAAAUUUCCCAUAGAAGGGCUGCAUAGGUCUUUGACCCACUGCUUGUCUUUGUGAGUACUUGCAUUUUCCAAUGAACAACAUGUGUGAAACUAUGAUAACAUGAGAACCCAACUGAAUUAUUUGUUUAAAAAAAAAUUACAAGUGAAAUGGUGGUUCCACAGCCCUUGCAAUAGACUUACAAAGAAAAUAUUGAAACAGUGGGAAGAUUUUUAUUCAUUGCUGAUAAGAGGUUUUGGACUGGACAGGGUAUCUGUUGAAUCACAUUUCCACAUGAAUUGUAAAAACUAUAGUACUAUACCUUUCUACUGCCAAACACAGGUGUAGUUGGUUUCAGAUAUAUAAACUUGCAAUCUAACAUAGGCCAAAACAAUAGCAGGAAUAAAAUUCCUUUAAUAUACAGGGAACUCUUAGCAAGACUAAGUAAUGUUUUGAAAAGGUAAUAGUUUUUUUCCCUUUCUAUUUCUAACAAAAUUCCAUUUGACUUUGCUGCAGUAAAAGCUGCUGUAGCUAUGCUCUCAGCCUCUGUACAUAGCCAAUUCACAGCUCUUGUUCCUGUUCCUUCUGCUUCUUCUUCCUGGCCAUCCGAGCAUCUGCAAGAUAACCUAUGUGUGUGAUGACCGUAGAAAACUGAGUUGCAGUCACAGAUAGUUGUACAUAUUCCAUUUUGCUGUAAGCAUAAAUAUACUUGCAUAAUGGGAUGUUGUGCUUCUAUUCCUUUCUUGCUGUGAUAAAAGUGGUUUUAAGACCUCCAGCACUUUAUUUAUGGAUUAAUUCAUCAUCUUUUUUUCUAUACAUUUUUCACAGUCAAUCAAGUUCCAGUUUUAAAGGAUCUUGUAGCUGCUAAUUACAGUAAUUUACAGUUUAUAUUUUUGCAGCUUUUUAAAAUAAAGAUAAUAAAGAAAUUUCUUUGGAUUCUCACAGCUUUGGAGAAUUUAUAAAUGAUUGAGUUUCCAUAUUUCGUACCAUCGAGGGAUACACCCUCUUUGUCACCAAAUUUUUAACCAUAAUUUUUGUAUAGUUUGAUAAUUUUAUUUGAAAGAAUGCACUAAGAAUUAUGUACAAAUAAAUACUAAAACUGUUAAUAAAGAAAAUUCAUUUAAAGCUC